AUGAACGUGACUUACGCUGCCGUCACUUGGAGCAGCAUGGGGCUGAGCGCACGGCAGAGGAGCCUUCCCCCACCCUGCCCUGCCGGCACAGCUCUGAUGAGCUCCGUCUCAAACGAAAUGCGAAUCGAAGACUUGAGGCUGGAAACGGGAACUGGAGCCUGGCGAGGAAGGGAUCGGGAGGCAGGCCAGAAGGACAACCGGCCCCCGGACAGGUUCCAGCUCACCUUCCCGCUGCGCACCAACUACAUGUACGCCAAGGUGAAGAAGAGCCUGCCCGAGAUGUACGCCUUCAGCGUCUGCAUGUGGAUGAAGUCCAACGCCUCCCCUGGCAUGGGCACCCCCUUCUCCUACGCCGUCCCCGGGCAGGCAAACGAGCUGGUGCUCAUUGAGUGGGGUAACAACCCCAUGGAGAUCCUCAUCAACGACAAGGGGUUCGACGCCACGCAGGCCUUCGUCGGGGAGCUGGCGCACUUCAACGUGUGGGAUCGGAAGCUGAGCCCGGGGGAGGUCUACAGCCUGGCCACCUGCAGCUCCAAGGCGCUCACCGGCAACGUCAUCGCCUGGGCCGAGGCCAACAUCGACAUCUACGGCGGGGCUACCAAGUGGACUUUCGAGGCCUGUCGCCAGCUCAACUAG